AAAUAUUCAAAUAUAUAUUUUCAGCUUGCAGAAUAAUAUCAAAAAAUUGUGCAACCAAAAUUUAUUUCAUUUAAUCAACAUUCCUAGGAAUUUUGGUAUUUUUAUUUGAUUUAAUCCCGGUCCAGAUCUUCAAGAUCCGAUUCGGUCUCUUGAUCUCCUAUUUUCGGACGUAAAACGCAUUCAUCAAUGUAUCCAUCUAUUUAUUUUUAAUUCCACGCGUCUCGAAAGUGGUGGUAAGGUAAAGCCGAAGCGGCCGGUCUAUAAAUGAACAUUAUCCUGCACUUCCUCAUAUUUGAUUUCCUGUUCUGCAUAGUUCUGUGUGCCUCUGACCGUGCUUCGGCUCUCGCCAGACCGACGAGAGCACAAGACACGGACCUCCAAGUGUUACGCAUGCGCGACCACCAAUCACCGACACACGCCCUCAACAAUUCCCACCAGCCGUCGCGGCUGACCGAACGAGACGAACGUUCGCGCAACGGUCGCGACUUGACCCAUCCGUCCCCGUCUAAUUGUCGUUCAAUCGUCGCGGACAACAUGGCGGCCCGCUGGCAAUAAUCGGUGCGUGUUCUCCGCGAGUUUUGACAGUGGUCCGACGGUCGCGAAUCGUAUUGCGAACGCCCGAAUUUGAUGUUGUAGUGCGUGCGAUGCUGCCUUCGUUCACGCCGCCCGUCGUUAAGCGGCUGCUAGGCUGGAAGAAGGGCACAGACGCGGACGAUAAAUGGUGCGAAAAAGCCGUCAAAAGUCUGGUCAAGAAGCUGAAGAAGUCCGGGGCCCUGGAGGAACUGGAACGGGCCAUAUCAUCCCAGAACCACAACACCAAGUGCGUGACCAUACCCAGAGUUAGACCGAACGCUGAGCUUGGCAGUAUCCAACAGCAACGCAAAGGCCUGCCUCAUGUAAUUUACUGCAGAUUGUGGCGGUGGCCAGAGCUUCAGUCUCACCACGAGCUGCGGCCUCUCGACAAUUGCGAGUUCGCUUACUCCAUGAAAAAAGAGGAGGUCUGCAUCAAUCCCUAUCAUUAUACUAGAAUAGAGAGUCCCGCCUUACCUGCCAUAUUAGUGCCGCGGCACCCACUGGGCGAUGAGAACAACCUUUUCCCUCAUUCCCUGGAGGAUUUGAGUACCUCAGUGCCGGAGAACACUUCUUUCCCUCACAACACAAACACACUAGGUUUACACCUGCAACACUCGGGUGGCUAUCUAGACGACGUGGGGAUAUGCCCUAACGGUGGUGCGCCCACCAGCAUGGAGUCGCCCCAUAGCGUUCUUCCGCCUACGGAGACACCGCCGCCCGGCUACAUGUCCGAGGACGGCGAUCCCAUCGAUCCGAACGAUAACAUGAGCAUGUCGCCGCCCAGCCCUCCGGUUGACGCCCAGCCGGUGCUGUACUGCGAGCCGGCCUUCUGGUGCAGCAUUAGUUACUACGAACUGAAUACGAGGGUGGGCGAGACGUUCCACGCCAGUCAGCCCAGCAUCACUGUGGACGGGUUCACAGAUCCUAGUAAUUCUGAAAGAUUUUGUCUGGGCUUACUGUCCAACGUGAACCGUAACUCGGUGGUGGAGCAAACAAGGCGACACAUAGGAAAGGGAGUGAGACUGUAUUACAUAGGCGGAGAGGUUUUCGCCGAAUGCCUCAGCGAUUCCAGUAUAUUCGUACAGUCGCCGAAUUGUAACCAAAGAUAUGGCUGGCAUCCGGCGACGGUAUGCAAGAUACCUCCUGGGUGUAACUUGAAAAUUUUCAAUAACCAGGAGUUCGCCGCUCUGCUUUCGCAGUCAGUUAGCCAAGGAUUCGAGGCUGUGUAUCAAUUGACCAGGAUGUGCACCAUUCGCAUGUCCUUCGUAAAAGGUUGGGGUGCCGAAUACAGACGUCAAACAGUAACAUCGACUCCCUGCUGGAUAGAACUGCAUCUGAACGGACCCCUUCAGUGGUUGGAUCGUGUUCUUACCCAAAUGGGUUCCCCAAGACUGCCCUGCAGUUCCAUGUCAUAAAGUGAUCGUUUAAUUCAGGAGAAAGAGGGAGAGAGAUCGUUUUUUCAACGGCUUCGCGCGUAACUCGGCUCUAUUACGUACAAGUUAAAAACAGAGUAAUACAACAAUAUCCGAAGAUUACGUACUUAUUUUAUGUUUAUUGAUUUUAAAUGAUGAAUUAUGUUAUAUAACGUCGGCACUAUACGUUUCGUUACUGGUUUUAUCGUUCAAACAAGAUACAUAUUUUGAUAUGUAAUAAUUUUUAGUUCCUAUCUUGAAAUAAAAUGCUGUUUUUGAAGUUCAAAUAAGCAACUGUCGUUUCUACAUGAUUAAACCCUUUUAAGUAAUGUGAAUGCAAGAGUAAAAUCAUAUUUUUAUGUUAGGCAAUCAAAAACAGACCAAUGACCAAUUCUUUGUAUUCUCUAGUUCAAAUGAUUGUCCACCAAAGUAUCAAUUUCCAUUUCAUUUUUACAGGAAUAGUGCCAUACCCAAACAAAAAAUAAAACACGUUUGAACCAGGUGAUAUUGUACAACAAAAUUUUUUACGUAUAGUUACUAUUUAGCUUUACAAGAUGGUUUAUUUAAAGAGAAAAUCUAGAUUUAUUUUAUAUUGCUGAGUUAAAAAAAAUGUUGGUUGGUAUGUUGUUAGUGUUGCAAAUUUUAAGACGUUGGAAGAGAGACGGUUUUAGAUUGGUACCAUUGCAUUAUAAUAAGGAACAACAAAAAAUUACAUGUUAUGUUACAUGUAAAAACCAUGAAACCUACCUCUGUCUAUAAAUCUAUGUAAAACACUCAUUUAUCAUGAUUAAAAAAAGCUGUUUAAAAGUUUGUUUUGAUUUAUACAUCUUAGACUAAUCAUUGCAUGAUAUGUAGCUUUAGGCCAUUUCGUCGUUUAUUUAGUGAGUGGACCAGGAUUUUCGAGUCCUCUAAACAUAUUUAAUUUUUUCAUUAAAAUGCGACCUAUUUGUUUAUUGUAUGCUGUAAAUAGAUUUUUAUUUGUUAUGACAAUAAUUAAUUGCUCAGGCUUGUUUUAUCAAUUUUUCCAACGACCUGAAGUUAACAAGCGUCUAAUGUUUUACUAUACAAAAUUGUUAUUUUUAACUGGUUUUACAUUUUACACCAAUAAAACACAUAGCAAUAAAAAACUUGAUACAAAUAAUGUUUUUGUAAAGAAUAUGUAGUACAUACUUGCUAUUUUACAAUGAACGGAAAUUACUUAUAUUUUUGUAACAAUACAAAUUGUAGAAUUUAAGUUUAUAUGCGGUUCCGUGUAAAUGAAAAUUCUCUUGUCUAAAAUAGAAUACCCCCAAUGAUGUUGA